GACCGGCGCCUGACGCCCACCGACCAGUCGAACAGCCCCCGCACGGCCCUCCGCCAGUGGGCUCCUCAGAUAACUGUAUGGGCUCGGCCCAUCGCGCCUCGGCCCACCAAUCGCGUGGAAGACUUAGGGCCAGACGACCUGCGCACGCACGUAUGGUACCUGCGGCACCUGGGCUUCGAGGUGGACCAGCACUACAGACACCUGGUCGACGCCGCCCUGGACGACGACGGCGAGCACGCCGCAGUAUGCAGCCCGCAGCUGCUCUCCGACAACUACCUGCGAAAGACAUUCGACGCGGAGCAGUACUUCCUGGGACACGUGGUGGCGUGGCUGGUCGGCCAAGGCGGCAUGGGGGACAGGUGGGAGCAGUGCUGCGCCGACCGCGCCCUCACCCAGCGCUACCCGCCCCUGGCGCACCGACAGCAGCUACUUGCCUACGUUGUGCAGCUGGGCCAGCAGGCGGUAGAGGCCUGCCCGUGCAUGGCACGGGGCGCGGCGGUCCCUGGCCUGCGCCCUGUCCCCAGCCGCCCCGAGCUGACGGUCCGCUCCAUCGCGGGGCUCGCGUCCGGGCGCGACGCGGUCGCCCCGGGCCGCCUGCGGCGCGAAGUCAUGCAGCACUGCGUCACCCUGGGUUUUUUUCAGGACCGCCGGCAGUGGACCAACUGGGCCGCGCAGAGGGCCUCCGAGACGGGGCGCGCCCGGGCGCAGAGCUCGGACCCAAGCGGAUGUGACGCAGAGGCCUGCAACGAGUUCCUGAGCUUGGUCUAUGGAGAGGUCGUCCCUGGCACCUUCUUCUCGCAGG